AUGCUAUUCCCUGCCGGCUCCUUGCCUCCGGGUCCUCCGAUCGAGACAAAAAAGGCCUUGUUACUGCUCGACUUUCAGAAUGAUUUCGUCAGCCCGGAAGGAAAGCUUCCGGUCGCCAAUGUAGUUUCUUUCCUCCCCAACCUCAUCCCUCUCGUCGCCGAGUUUCGCGCUAAAGGGGAAGUUAUCUGGGUCGGCACCGAGUACAAACAGCCUCGCUCGACAAUUUCCGCCACAACCGGCGCACAUUCCAUCCUCCUCAGACACUCUCUGCGGCAGCAAGAUCCAGACGACGGCACCAGUAAGUAUCUCAACGCUCCUAGCGACGUACGCUCACCCACCGAAGACCCACUCUCGCCAUCCCAACAAUACGAUGUCACACAUGAUCGGGAAGCAUUCCUUGCGCCGCUCUUGAUCGCGACCAAGUACCGGUGCUGCAUUCCAGGUACGCCGGGCGCUGACUAUCCGGACAUCAUCAAAAAUGUCAUUGACCCGCAACAAGAUUUGGUCAUCCUGAAGUCUCAUUACUCGGCCUUUACAGAAUCACCGCUUCUCGUACAUCUACGGACCAGGCUCAUUACCGAACUAUACGUCUGUGGUUCAUUGUCCAACAUUGCUGUCUAUGCCACCGUGCUGGAUGCCGUAUGUCACGGCCUUCAGGUCACCAUCGUCGAAGACUGUCUUGGCUUCAACGACGAGAAAUGUCACGUGGAAGCCAUGCGUCAAAUGGCCGACCAUAUGGGGGCCAACGGCAUUGACUGUCAAGAGCUCCGCGACGAUCUUGCAGGUCUGUUGGGCGACGUCGUGCACGAAGAAGAGUAUACCACCAGAUUCCAAGUCAGCCUGCCACCCCCUGCUCGCCGGACCAAGUCUCAUACCUCGAGAAAGCAGAUCCACAAUUGGAUUGCCGGCUUGGACGGCCAAGCAAAUGAGGCCUUGGUGCCAGAAGAUUCGGCGAUGCUCUCAAUACAGAGCGCGGAGCGGACCAACCAUGGUGAUGAGUCCGUCUCCAAGAGUGAGUCUUCACCAAGGGUCGUGCAGCCCCUUCCAUCAGAGCGUAGCUCUCCACGGAAAAGAUCAACGAGUGAUGUCGAUUCUCUAGAAGAACCUGUUAUCCCUAGAAUUUCACACAAAACUUCAGUCCGUCGUGCUUCCAACACUGCUUCCACUGCUACGCAAAUGAAACGCAAGCAAAGCAGUUCUGCUACGCGAAAGAAGCGUCCGUCGAACGAGUCCCAGAGGAGGUCCCCUCCUUCUUUCACCCCUAUCGCCAUGGUUCAAGACCCACCCGCUCGCACUCAGGAACCUGAAGAGGCUGUCCUCCCCGAAAAUGACCUAGGCCAGGACGAAAAGGUGACUCUUGAUACGACUCCAGAUGAUCGCCAACCUGGAUCAAGAAAGAAGGACAAGCUGGCCCUGACUUUCCUCGGGCCCGAAGACACGAUUGGCCAGGGUGACAGUCGACUCUUUUUUGACCUUCUGAAUUCGGAGGAAGCAGACCGGGCAUUCCAGUCCUGCAAGGAGUCGAUCAAAUGGCAGAAAAUGUUUCACCGCUCUGGCGAAGUGCCUCGUCUGGUGGCAGUCCAAGGAGAAGUCGCCGAGGACGGAUCAUGCUUCCCAAUCUACAGACACCCUGCUGAUGAGUCCCCGGAGCUGCUGCCGUUUGAUUCAACUGUUAAUAUGCUGCGAUUGGCUGCGGAAAGAGUGGUCGGCCACCGACUGAACCAUGUUCUGAUUCAAUGGUACCGAAACGGUGAAGACAACAUUUCAGAACACUCCGACAAGACUCUGGACGUCGUCCACCGCUCUAACAUUGUCAACUUGAGUUUGGGGGCGCAAAGGACCAUGACCCUACGGAAAAAGAGGUCCGCCGUGUCACCCGUAACUCAACAUGGAGGAUCAGAGAUAACGAGGCCUUCUCAACGUAUUCACUUACCUCACAAUUCUCUCUUUGUCCUGGGCCAAGAAACCAAUCGACACUGGCUUCAUGCCAUCCGAGCUGACAAGCGGCCUACUUCCCAAAAAGACCCUGCCGAACUGGCGUACGAAGGAGAAAGGAUUAGUUUGACCUUCAGACACAUUGGAACCUUCAUUGAUCCCACUGACAAUACGAUUUGGGGACAAGGGGCAACGAGCAAACAAAGAGAAGGGGCUCGACGAUUGUUGACUGGCAGAAAAGCCGAAGAACAAGGCGAAGCCAUGGUUCGUGCCUUUGGCCAGGAAAACCAUCGGAGUACGGAAUGGGAUUGGGAUGAAUGGUAUGGCAACGGAUUCGACGUGGUCAAUUUUGAGACCAAGAAAGCAUGA